GAGGGGGCGGCUGUUGUCGGCUGCCAGCCUCGCAGCCCUUCCCGGGGGCAGCUGCAGAGACGGGGUGGGGGGAAGGCGGGAGCGGUGUUGCACCCCAGACCAUCCCGCUGGGGGGAAGCGGCUCUUCCCUGCCCUUCGUCACCUGUCCCCCCCUCCCCACACACGUACCCAGCGGCGACGGGCCGGGGGGCGGCGGCCGCCCUGUCUGGCGAGCACCGGGCCCAGGCUCUCCGCAGGACCGCGGAACUUCCUCAGGCUGAGAGGCGCUCCGUAGCGCCGGCACCAACCGCAGCGCCAGGAGGCUUUCCAGGGGAGGCUCGGGGAUUCUAGUGCAUGAAGGACGUAAAUGAUAAUCCCAGAGGACCAUCUGUCCUGGAGCAGGCGUUGGAACCAAGUUACUAUGUGACUGAAAGGACUGAGUGCAAGUCAGAUGGUUGUUCCCGUCCAGCUGUUAUGGAGUCAGUGGAUGAAGCUGAAGGAGAGCUGAGCAGGAAGGAGCAGUCCCUGAAAGCCUCCCAGAAAACAACAGUGCUCGGUUGGCCUCCCCCGUGGAAUGGAUUAAUACCUGGACACAGCAUGUAUCUGUUUGUCCUCUCACAGAUACUGCUUCUCUGCAUGAUGCUGUGGUACAGCACUUACGGGACCAUCCCAGCAGCUCAGAAUGCCUUUGACCUGCUCGCUUACUUGCUUACCCCAUUUAAACAGGCUUUUUCAGGGGAGAGCCUGACUACAGUUGGGAGUGUUGUGGUGUCAUACAUCCUGCUGUCUUUGGCUUCUCUAGGACUGCUAUUUGUAGGAUCUCUGUUUUGGCACCUCCUCAGAGCCCCUCCAGACCCCCCGUUUCCACUGCAAGAGGACAGACGGCAGUCUGUGAGCCGGCAGCCUUCCUUCACAUACUCAGAGUGGACAGAGGAUAAAAAUGAAGAUGACUUCCUAGAUCUGGAUCCCGUACCAGAGACUCCAGUCUUUGACUGCGUCAUGGACAUUAAAGCGGAGACAGACCCAGCUACUCUGACGGUUAAAUCCGUGGGCUUGCAAGAAAGGAGAGGUUCAAAUGUUUCACUCACACUGGAUAUGUGCACCCCAGGCUGCUCCGAGCAAGGCUUUGGCUAUGUCAUGUCCCCACGGGAACAGUCAGCCCGGGAAUACCUCCAGACAGCCUCAAACAUCCUGACUGAAGAGGAGCUGCACAAGAAGGCACUGGAUCCUUUCAUACUGCAGGCAGAGUUCUUUGAAAUUCCAAUGAACUUUGUUGAUCCAAAGGAAUAUGAUAUUCCAGGCCUAGUGCGUAAGAAUCGCUACAAAACAAUUCUCCCAAAUCCUCACAGCAGAGUGUGCCUUACCUCAGCUGAUCAGGACGACCCCCUCAGCUCUUACAUCAAUGCUAACUACAUCAGGGGCUAUGGAGGAGAGGAAAAGGUAUAUAUUGCUACUCAGGGACCGAUAGUUAAUACUGUCACUGACUUCUGGAGAAUGGUGUGGCAGGAGCGUUCUCCCAUCAUUGUCAUGAUUACCAAUAUAGAAGAGAUGAAUGAGAAAUGCACAGAAUAUUGGCCAGAGGAACAGGUCACCUAUGAAGGAAUAGAAAUCACAGUUAACAGAGUCAUACAAGCAGACGAUUACCGUUUAAGGCUCAUCACCCUAAAGAAAGGAGAAGAAGUCAGAAACCUGAAACAUUACUGGUAUACGUCUUGGCCAGACCAGAAGACACCAGACCAGGCCCCUCCUCUGCUACAGCUAGUACUGGAAGUGGAAGAGGCCAUGCAGAGCUCAGAGGAGAAGAAUGCCCCAAUGAUUGUUCACUGCAGUGCAGGCAUCGGGAGGACUGGUUGCUUUAUUGCCACAAGUGUCUGCUGUAAACAGCUGAGGAACGAGGGCAUAGUUGACAUUUUGCGAACAGCCUGCCAGUUACGGUUAGACAGGGGAGGAAUGAUCCAGACUUGUGAACAGUAUCAAUUUGUGCAUCAUGUCAUGAGCUUGUACGGAAAGCAGCUUUCUAGAGCAGCAGAAGAAUAAGUGUUCAUGAUAUUCCUAAAGGCUAAAGCCAGGAGAACUUUUGACUGCGCUCAGAUAUAUUUCAGAUCUGAUAAGAGACACAUGGUAACCUGGCUGUCUUAGCUGGAAAGAUAUUAUUUUACUUUGAUAUUGCUUUUAUGCUCUUGUUUGCAUUGACAUUAAAGAGCUGAGGUACACCUUGUCUUAAACAUAUGUGACAGGACAUAAUCUUCACCAAAAAAGGCUUAUUUAUACUGUAAAUAAUUAUAGUAGCUUCAUUUGUUACAAAAGCAAGGAAAAAAACAGAAAAAAAUCCACUGUCUUCAGUUUGUUCUUUUUUAAAAGGUCAUUGCUAAUAUAUCCAAAUACAGUGUGAAACUUUUUGAAUUGUCAUGCUGAAAUGUGCCGUAUGUUGACUAAGCUUGAAAGUAAAUUUUUGCCUCUUUCUGAUUGUUUUUACAUAUAAAAUUACCGAAUACUGUGUGUAUCGUAAACCUUCUGAGCCUCUGCAUUGAAAGACUCAAGUAGAUUUGCAUUGAAAUGAUGUUUCACACAUCAUGUUUGCUUGUUUAUUUUUUCUAAAGCAGUCCACUACCAGUGUUAUCUGAACUAGGGGGGAAACAAGAUUUCAAUGACAUGAGUCAAAUUCUUGCCUCGAAUUCUUACCAGCAGUGUACCCCAGUAUCAUCACAGUGGGGUCAAUCUCAGUAGACAUUAAUCUGAGCAUAAAUUCUUUGUGCUUUACCUUUUCUUUGUCAAUAUUUGGGCAUCUUAGUCAUCUGGCAAACAGAUUGUAUUUCUGCAAAUAGUUUCUAUUUUUACGUAGAAGAGAAUUUCUCCUGAAAUCUGAGAUUCAAAAUCAGGUGAGGAAUUUUUUUAGUUCAUCUUUAUUAAAAAUCUAAUAAUAAAAUCACUUUUAUUCUAUGAAUUUAUACUUGUUUCAAAGUUUUGAGGGUAACCAUGUGUCCAGUGCCUAUUAAAAUUAAUGCAAAUCCUAAAGGCAACUUAAAAAAAAAAAUCAAUGUGAACUUGUUGGCUGCUUUGUGAAAAAUUUGCCCUCAAACCAAAUUUAGACAAUAAUUAGCCCAUUCUAACCACUGAUCCAGGCAACAGUGUUUCCUUUCCAAUAAUAAAGACUGCUGCCUGUGCUUUUUGGUUUAGACUUCAAUCAGGCUGGGAAGAUUGUAGUUUGUGUUCAAUACUUAGAGGUGAGCACACGUUUUAGUGCUUCACUGAGCAGAGAGAAAUGGAGGUACGCAGGAUCCUUAAUAUGAAGAAUGAGUGUAUUGUGAAUAGGAGCUCUGAUGACCUACUAAAAAUAUAUUUGCUUCUCUUUAUUUCUAACAAUAACCAAAACCCACUGUUUCGAUUAGUGCAGAAGAUUCUGAGAAUUUACUGCACUUCCUAAUCAGGAGAAGGUAAAGCAGCUCUCAGAACAAUAAGGGCUGAUCCUGCUCCCACUGAUGUUUUGCCAUUGACGUCAGCAGGUGCAGGGUAAGGCCUGAAAUGUUACAUCUACAACUUCAUCACUGUGGGGAAAAAGUUUCCCAAUAUUUCAGUACACAUCUUUGUGUUUAUUCUGUAUCCAUGAACCUGUAAAAAUCCUGUCUGCAGGGUUUGCAUGAAUGUGUGGCAAAACGUGUUAUCUUUAAACCACUUAAUUUUAUUGCUGUAUUUAAAAUAUUUCCUUCAGUGAGAAGCUAGCAGAAAGAACUGGCAUUCUUUUUUAAAAUACUGGUGAUAGUCUUUAAAGAGAGCAAUAAACUUAAGCUUUUGAGCAUAA